AUGGGUCAGGGGCAAAGUACCGGCGAAAAGUCCGAGGAUGUCUCCAUAUACCCUGAGGAUAUCCAGAUGGCUCACCAUAAGAUUGUGGCUAUGCGAGAGAAGCUUGCCGUGCUAAAGGCACAAGGCAAGGUGAACAAAAAGAAGCGGAAAAAGGAAAUUAAGGUGUUGUCGAGAGAAAAGAUGGAUCUUCAUGUGACUCUGAUGAAACUUGGAAAACAUGCCCAACGCCACUAUUCCUUCUGGGAAUACGUUCGUAUCAUUCGAAGUACCUUCAACUCGACGGCAGCACCUCUACAAAUCGAGGGAUCCACAAUGACCCUGAAUAAGGAUUCCGUAAAGAAGGAAGUGCCCAAGAGCAGAGAAAUGGUCAAGCAGUCCGAUGCUGUGCAGUACACCAUCUUUGCUUUUUAUGAGGCCUAUCUGUUGAAAAAACUGCAUAUAGCCAUGAUGUUAAAAACACAAAAGAAGCUGCAUGCCAAGGGAUGGAAUGAUAUGGUCAUGUUCCUGUACUAUGAAAUUCCCAAAAUCCAAACCUCGUUUGAGAAGGCGGAAGCCAAAAUUAUGAAUUUACAGACCGACGAAGAGGCCCACAAAGCACACGUCGAACAGAUAUACAAGUCGCAUAUAGAAAAUCAGAAAAAUUUGAUGAUGGCCUUGCAAGAAGGAGUCGAAGGAAAGGUUCGCGCUGCUCCCGAAGGAACCCAAUUCUCGUUCAAGAAAAAGAAGCCUGAAUCCACCGUCGGUAGCAACCGCAGCUUGACAGCCAGUGCUAGCAGCUCGAGAAGCGUGGAAUCCGAGGGCAGCAGUGGAAGCUUUAAGCACAAAGCAGCUCGGUCUUCCAUGUUUGGUCCUGCCUACGAAGCUGGUAGUAUCAAGAAAGAGGCUUAUCAAGCGCCUUGGAUGAAGAACAGCCGCAACAAGAUCGCCAAGGUUGUUCAAAAGACACAAACUCCGGAAGAGGAAGCGGCGACGGAAAAAACAAAGAGCGCGGCUCCUGCUCCUGCUCCCACCCCAGCCGCUUUCAACCGAAAGGCCAAGUUCCAGUCCAAAUUCAAGAAGUUUGAAGCUCCGAAGGAAGAGGAGGAGGAGAAGCCUGUCGUCAAGGAGCCAGAACCAGAACCUGUCAAGGAUGACGAGAAGCCUUCCAGUGAUAAGAGUCCAGACGAAACGGAAGCUACGACUGAGGCCGAGGAAGAAACAGUGUCGGUGAAGAAAAAGAAGAAGAAACUUCCAAAAGGCAUGCCAGAGACGCUGGAGAUUGGAACUGGCAGUGGCGAUGAAGUUGCCCUCGAAGAGGGCGAAUCUAUUAAGAAGAAAAAGAAGAAAAAGAAGAAGAAGGUUGGAACAACAGACAGUGAAGACGAGGGUCUAGAAGAUGGGGGCGAGGCAAUUGUUAAGAAGAAGAAAAAGAAGAAGAAGAAGGUGGGCGAGUCUUCGAAUUCAUCUGUCGUUUCAGAACUUUCCAAUGGAAGCCAUCUUCCACAUUGA